CCUGGGCGUCCAACAUGGCUGAGGUGCUGCUCUUGUUGGAGCAGGGGGCAGGAUGCUGAGCGCCCGAGCGGCAACAGAGCCUCAGUAGUGGCGGGGGCCGAGGCGGGCCCGGCUCGGCCAUGGCUAGGCUGGCUGACUAUUUCAUUGUGGUGGGCUAUGGCCACGAGAAGCCAGGCUCAGCAGAAGGUUUGGGAAAAAUAAUUCAAAGGUUUCCUCAGAAAGAUUGGGAUGAUACUCCAUUUCCACAGGGAAUAGAGUUGUUUUGUCAGCCUGGAGGAUGGCAGUUGUCUAGAGAGAGAAAGCAGCCUACGUUCUUUGUGGUGGUUUUGACUGACAUAGACUCAGAACGGCACUACUGUUCAUGCUUAACUUUCUAUGAAGCAGAGAUCAAUCUGCAGGGAACAAAAGAGACUGAAGGUGAAGAAGAGGAGUCUGGUUUAAUUCAGCCUGCUGAAGUAUUUGCUCCCAAAAGCCUGGUGCUGGUAUCCAGACUAGAUUAUCCAGAAAUUUUCAGGGCUUGCCUUGGCUUGAUCUAUACCGUGCAUGUGGACAGCUUGAGUGUGUCCUUGGAGAGUCUUAUUGCAAAUCUCUGUUCAUGCCUUGUCCCUGCGGCCGGAGGCUCUCAGAAAUUGUUUUCAUUGGGAGCAGGAGACAAACAACUGAUACAAACCCCUUUACAUGAUAGCCUUCCUGUUACCAAUACGAGUGUGGCCCUUCUUUUUCAGCAAUUGGGAAUCCAAAAUGUGCUGAGCUUGUUCUGUGCAGUCCUUACAGAAAAUAAGGUUCUCUUUCAUUCUGCAAGUUUUCAGCGGCUCAGUGAUGCCUGUAGAGCACUGGAGUCCUUAAUGUUUCCUCUCAAAUAUAGUUAUCCAUAUAUUCCAAUUCUCCCUGCACAGCUGCUAGAAGUUCUCAGUUCACCAACGCCUUUUAUUAUUGGUAUACAUUCCAUCUUUUGUGCUGACAUUCAUGAGCUUUUGGAUGUAAUCAUAGCAGACCUGGAUGGAGGCACAAUUAAAAUUCCUGAAUGUAUUAAUCUAUCUCAGCUCCCAGAGCCACUGCUACAUCAAACUCAAACAGCUCUUUCUCUAGUUUUACACCCUGAUUUGGAAACAGCAGAUUAUGCAUUCCCUCCACCACGAACGGCUUUAUCACACUCAAAAAUGCUGGAUAAAGAAGUGCGAGCAAUUUUCCUUAGAUUGUUUGCACAACUUUUCCAAGGAUACAGGUCAUGCCUUCAGCUGAUCAGAAUUCAUGCUGAACCAGUCAUACAUUUUCACAAGGCAGCCUUUUUGGGCCAGCGAGGCUUAAUUGAAAAUGACUUUCUCACCAAAAUUCUCAAUGGAAUGGCAUUUGCUGGUUUUGUGUCAGAGAGGGGUCCUCCCUACAGAUCCUGUGAUCUCUUUGAUGAGUUGGUGGCUUUUGAAGUGGAAAGAAUUAAAACGGAGGAGGGCAAUCCACCAAAGAUGAUAAAGCACAUCAGAGAGCUUGCAGAACAGCUGUUCAAAAAUGAGAAUCCAAAUCCUCAUAUGGCAUUCCAGAAAGUUCUGCGGCCCACUGAAGGAUCCCAUUUACGAGUUCAUAUCCUUCCCUUCCCCAAAAUUAAUGACAGCCGGGUUCAGGAACUAAUUCAAGAAGGCCUGUUUAAGAACCAAAGUGUACCACUUGCAACUCGAGUAGAAAAGAAGUGUGUGGUUCCUGCUGGUCCUCCUGUUGUUUCCAUAAUGGAAAAGACCAAUACAGUUUUCAACAGUGCACAAAGACUGGAAGUUGUUAGAAACUGCAUCUCGUUCAUAUUUGAGAAUAAAAUUUUGGAGACUGAAAAGACCCUGCCUGCUGCAUUGAGGGCGCUAAAAGGAAAGGCAGCUCGACAAUGCCUGACACAGGAGCUAAGCCUGCAUGUUCAGCAAAAUCGAGCAAUACUGGACCACCAGCAGUUUGACUAUAUAGUGCGGAUGAUGAACUGUACCUUACAGGACUGUUCAACUUUAGAAGAAUACAACAUUGCUGCAGCAUUACUGCCCCUGACAACUGCAUUCUACAGAAGACUGGCACCUGGAGUUAGUCAAUUUGCUUACACCUGUGUACAAGACCACUCUAUAUGGGCUAACCAACAGUUUUGGGAAACUACAUUUUAUAAUGAUGUGCAAAAUCAAGUUCGUUCUCUCUAUCUCACAGCUAAGGAAGACUAUCAUUUGAAGAAAAAGGAGAAAAAUUCCGUAGGUCUAAAUCAGGAGAAAACCGCCAUGGACCUGGCAGCUGAGCAGUUGCGUUUAUGGCCAACAUUCAAUAAAGAAACACAGCAGGAGCUAAUACAGAAUGAGGAAAGUACAGUUUUCAGUCAGGCAAUUCAUUUUUCUAACCUCAUGGUAUACCUGCUAGUGCCUCUGGAUACAAGUAAGAACAAACUAUUGAGAACAUCAGCUACAGGAGACUGGGAGAGUGGCAGCAACAGCAUUGUCACAAAUAGUAUUGCAGGCAGUGUUGCAGAGAGCUUUGACACAGAAAGUGGGUUUGAGGACUCUGAGAACAAUGAUAUUGCCAAUGCAGUUGUGCGCUUCAUCACCAGGUUUAUAGACAAAGUGUGUACAGAGAGUGGAGUUACACAGGAUCACAUCAAGAGCCUUCAUUGCAUGAUACCAGGCAUUGUAGCGAUGCACAUUGAAACUCUGGAGGCUGUCCAUCGAGAGAGUAGAAGAUUACCACCAAUACAGAAACCUAAGAUUCUGCGACCAGCUUUGCUACCAGGAGAAGAGUUAGUAUGUGAAGGUCUCCGUGUGCUGCUGGAUCCUGACGGGAGAGAGGAAGCAACAGGAGGAUUGCUCGGAGGUCCCCAUAUUCUCCCUGCAGAAGGAGCAUUGUUCCUUACCACAUACAGAAUUAUAUUCAAAGGAACUCCUCAUGAUCAACUCGCUGGAGAACAGACAGUGAUACGGAGCUUUCCCAUUGCAUCUAUUAUGAAGGAGAAGAAGAUUACUCUACAGAACCAGCUGCAACAGAAUAUGCAGGAGGGACUGCAGAUCACCUCGGCAUCCUUUCAGUUAAUUAAAGUAGCAUUUGAUGAGGAAGUAAGUCCUGAAGUGGUAGAAAUAUUUAGGAAACAGCUAAUGAAGUUCCGUUAUCCCCAGUCAAUCUUCAGCACCUUUGCUUUUGCAGCUGGUCAAACUGCAUCACAGAUUAUUUUACCAAAGCAAAAAGAAAAGAACACUUCUUUUCGUACCUUCUCAAAAACAAUUGUGAAAGGAGCCAAGCGUGCAGGGAAGAUGACGAUUGGUCGUCAAUACUUACUAAAAAAGAAGACAGGCACUAUAGUAGAAGAAAGAGGGAAUCGUCCAGGUUGGAAUGAAGAUGAUGAUAUCUCUGUUUCAGAUGAGAGUGAACUGCACACAAGUGGUACUUUGAAAGCUUCAGAGAAGUCGACAAUGGAACAGUUAAUAGAAAGAGCCUGUUUUAGAGACUAUCAGCGUUUGGGACUGGGUACUAUCAGUAGUAGCUCUUCUCGCUCAAAAACAGAAUACUUCCGAAUAACUGCAUUGAACAGGAUGUAUUCACUUUGUAGAAGCUAUCCUGGACUUUUGGUAGUACCUCAGGCUGUGCAGGACAGCAGUUUGCACAGGGUAGCUCGUUGUUAUCGUCAUAAUCGCCUGCCAGUUGUCUGCUGGAAAAACUCAAAAAUCAGUACUCUGCUGCUGAGAGCUGGGGGCUUCCAUGGAAAGGGAGUUGUUGGCCUCUUCAAACCUCAAAAUACACAUACUGCAGGAAGAAGAUGCAUUGAAAAUAGUGAAAGGAACAUGUCUGAACAUGCAGGAUCUUCAGGGCCUCCUAAUUUAGAAUCUUCAAGCAGCAUAGAACAGGAGAAAUAUCUGCAAGCCUUACUCAAUGCAGUUUCCAUCCACUGUAAAAUAAACGGCAGUAAUACUCUCACCGUCAGACCAACAAUUGCUUUGUCUCCAGGCACUGAAAAGAGGGCUUCAAGAAUGUCCACUGUGGUUAAACAAGUAGUGCCAGGCAAUUUGGAUGUAAAUCUAUCCAGUAGCUUUGCUCGAGGAGGUGUAUGGGCAAGUCUUCGAUCUAGCAAUCGAUUUAUCAGCACUCAAACACCAUUCAUUGAUGUUGGUGCAAGAUUAGCAGGGAAAGAUAACACAGCAUCAUACAGUAAUAGUUCAUUUUUGCAAAAUCAACUGCUGAAACGCCAAGCUGCCUUCUACAUAUUCGGAGAAAAAUCUCAGUUAAGGGGCUUCAAACUUGAUUUUGCUCUGAAUUGUGAAUUUGUUGCUGUUGAGUUCAGUGACAUCCGACAGGUGAAAACUAGUUUUAAAAAACUGAUGAGGGCUUGUGUUCCCAGUACUAUUCCUACAGAUUCUGAAAUGACAUUCCUUAAGGCACUGGAUGAAUCAGAGUGGUUCCCACAGCUUCACAGGAUAAUGCAGUUAGGUGUGGUCAUAUCAGAGCUCCUUGAAAAUGGUUCUUCAGUUAUGGUUUGUUUGGAAGAUGGUUGGGAUAUUACUGCACAGGUGGUGUCUCUUGCACAAUUACUCAGUGACCCAUUUUACAGGACACUUGAAGGCUUCCGAAUGUUAGUGGAAAAAGAAUGGCUCUCUUUUGGUCACAAGUUCAAUCAGCGGAACAGUGUGACCCUCAAUUGUCAGGGCAGUGGAUUUGCUCCCGUUUUCUUACAGUUCUUGGACUGUGUGCAUCAGAUUCACAAUCAGUAUCCUACAGAGUUUGAAUUCAAUCAGUAUUUCCUGAAGUUCUUAGCUUUUCACUACAUUUCAAAUCGAUUUAAAACAUUUCUUCUGGAUUCAGACUAUGAAAGACUAGAACACGGAACAUUGUUUGAAGAUAAAGGAGACAGGCAUGCCAAAAAGGGAAUCUGUAUUUGGGAAUGUAUUGAAAAAAUGCACAAAAGGAGUCCAAUUUUCUUCAAUUACCUAUAUGCACCUGUUGAAAUAGAGGCAUUAAAACCAAGUGUAAAUAUCUCCAGCCUCAAAAAGUGGGAUUACUAUAUGGAAGAGACCUUGGCCACAGGUCCUUCCUAUGACUGGACCAUAGUCACUGCAAAAUGCAACACUUCGGACGAAGCUGACCAAAAGGAUGGUCCCCAGAGUAAGAGAAAAAUAGUGUGGCCAUGCUACGAUGUUGUUAGCAAAGUGCAACCUGAUGCAAUCACCUGCCUCUUGAUUGAAAUCGAAAGACUGGAGAAUAAAUUAAAUCAAAGCCCAGAAAGGUGGCAGCUCUUGUGGGAAAGGCUCACCGUGAAUCGUAAAGAUGACACGAGACAAGACAAUCCACGAAGACAUGCUUCUGGCUCAUCAGGGAUAUCAUCUCCUAAUCCACAUUCCUAUCAGAAGAGAUCUUUGCUGCAUCUACCAGACAGUGGUCUGGGUGAUGAACAAAAUGCCAGCAUCUCUGCCUCUAAUGGAGUGGACAGACGAGCAACCACACUGUACAAUCAGUUCACAUCCAAGAAUGAUGAGAAUAGGUCUUUUGAAGGUACACUUUACAAAAGAGGAGCUUUGUUAAAAGGUUGGAAACCCCGUUGGUUUGUACUGGAUGUGACAAAACACCAGCUGAGAUACUAUGACUCUGGGGAGGACACAAGCUGUAAGGGACACAUUGAUCUUGCAGAAGUUGAAACAGUGAUCCCUGCAUCUCCAACAAUUGGUGCCCCAAAGCAUGCUAGUGAAAAAGCAUUUUUUGAUCUAAAGACAAGUAAACGUGUAUAUAAUUUCUGUGCCCAAGAUGCACAGAGCGCACAGCAAUGGAUGGACAAGAUCCAGAGCUGUAUUUCAGAUGCAUAACAGAGAAUACUAUACAACCUCCAACUGCAGACAAGAAAUGCUUUCAGUCCCUCAUGUUGUACGAAGAUACAUUUUGCUAUUACAGAAUAAGCAACCUUCCUUUCAUUUCAGUCAUAAACACUAAUUAUAUGCUGAAGCAUCUUCCCUGCUUAAGUAUCAUAACCACUAUUACUAUUCUUUUUCUCCAUUAGGAGGACUUUUCAAAUUAGUAACCUGUUGAGCCUGAAAUAUAACUUUUCAAUAGCAUUCCUAGCUAAAUGACCUUCCUGUAGACACUGAAAUAUGCUACCAUCUAAUACUGUUUUUCUUAUCACAGAGUUGCAUCAGAAAAACUGUCUAGCUUAAAUUGUGGACAUUUUUCCUCAACUUGUUUUCAUGUGGUUUUAGUAUUUAAACAAAAUGGUCCAAAUUUUCAAGCUAGUUGUGUAUCUAGAAGAACAUUUCUACAAUUUCUAAGAAACAAUUAUGUUUGUGAAUUCAAUGACAUGCAUAGUCACUUAAUAUGUUAAAGACCAAAAAAGAAAAACCUUAAUAUUUAAUUUUCAAAAAAAGGUUUCUAAAUCUACUAGCUGCUUUGUAGCCUAUCGCUCUAAAUAGUGCUUCUGCAACUUUUCAUGAAUAGCACGUUUUCAUGAAUAGCUAAAGAAUAUGCUUUUGGGGGAUUCUUUUUGCCCAUUAUAAUAGGAUAAUGGAAAGAAAACUGGCUGGAAACUAGAUGAAGAAAUUGGUCACAAAUUAAAACUUUCAUAGGAGAAAAAUCUGAGUCUGAAAAGUUGUAUAUGUUUAUUUAUGUUCUGUUCUGCUCACUGUAAAUGACAAACACAAUGAUAAAUGCACUAAAUAAUAAAGCAAGCACUUGCACUGAAAUCAUUGAGAUGCAGACAUUUUGAGGGACAAAGGUAAGUUAUUUAUAGCAGACCAAUGCUAGCUACAUAACAUUUACAGAUACUAAAUAUGUACAUAAUUUGGUUUGAUGUGAUUUGAUUCUUUAAAAAAUUUUUGCACAUACAUUGGAAGACUGUUUUAAAUUUUUACAUUUAGUUAACAUUGUGUUUGUUCAUCUUAAAAUCUUUGAGGAAUGUUGUUGUUUUUUUAAUAUAUAUAUAGACCAAAAUUACUAGAGGUUUUAUUUGCUACAACUUGUGAUGGCAUGCAGUGGAGUCUUUCGACAAUAACCAUUGUGGGUUUUUUUAAUGUUCAUAUGGUAAAUAUCCAACUAAUAUUUCAAAGAGUUUGUAUAUAUUAUUUGGUAUUUUCUAAUUUUCCAGAUAUUCUGUUUGUAAUUGUUAAUAUCAGACUAAUCUAAUAACUGACUUCAUUUAUAGGAUUUCAAUUUAUUAAAUAGUUUGUCCUCUUUUUUACCACUUUUUUUUUACUAAACAAUAUUCAAAAUUCACACUGCACACAGGAUAGGAAAUACAGCUGUUUUAAUACAUAUUGAUUUUUUUAAAGGACUGAAGGAUUUUUUUUAGCAUUUUCAAUGGAUAAGUCUUUACCUGUGAAAAUGGUGUUUGCACAUUUGUAUUUUUCUGUGUAUAUGAAGUACUUUUAUAUGUACUUUGUAAAAUACUGAUCCCACUGUUUUUAAGGUUAUUUGAAAAUGUACAAAACAUCUUAUUUUGUAACUAGGUUAUUUUAAUUGUUUUAUGUAUGUUACAUGACUUAUGUAUGCUAACCAUCUUGUAAUAAACACACUUCUUUAAAAACAGCCUUUUACAGUGAAAGAUUAUGCAGGUAUAGCAUAAUACUCACAGAAUAAAGAUCAUGGCGGAAAAAACAAAAUUAACUCAAGCUUCCAAAUUAUCUCAUAUUAAAAUGACUGGGGUUUUGUGUAUAUUUGUAUAUUGUCUUAUAUAAAAAAUAAAUCCACAUCAGCAAAAAUGCCAUAACCUGGGAAAAUUCUCUGGCUA